AUGCAUAGCCAUUUCAACGCCAGUCGCUGCGAUGACGUUUUUGCGGAAUCAACCAUGGUCCUGAAUUGGGGCGCGUUCCUACCACCAUGCGACAACGUGACUGCCAGUCGCGAGCUCAACAUGACGCUAGCAAAUGGUCACCUCUUGCCUCACCUAUUGAACUAUAGGCAGGCGGCACUUGCUGGUCUACAAUGGCCUCGAAAUAGUCCUCCAUUUCCUCCACUCACCAGUCCCUUUUCACACUCUUUCCACAUUAGUGUUAUUGUCCCGCAUCACUCAGCUUCCGAUAUACAACGAGCAAUUUCUUCGACACCAGUCAGCAUGCCAGCAACAACUACUCAGAACUCUUUACAGGUGCCCAAAAGCAGGCUCGUCGGGCCGAGACACUGGUUCCAGCGACAACUGCGCAAGACUACCUCUCGUCAGAUGCUGAAGCCGGAGUGUCAGGCUCCACUGCCCAUCCAGCGGCCACGAACCGCACCCUCAGUCCACACCGGGACGAACGCAAGCACAUCACCUUCGGUACAAGCUCGUCUACUCUCCACUAAAAGAACUCCUUUCUCCACCCAAGUGCAGCCUCCACUACGCCCUCCAAGACCAGAGGCAGACGUGAUGCGGGAUAUCAACGCAUGGCUGGAAGCCAGCACGAUCACACCGUGUCCUCCGCUCAUGGGCGGUCUGCCGUAUUGGCGAACAGCAACGGUUCCAGGUAUCAGAGAUACCAAUCAAGUACAACAUGCCAUCCCAAUCAUUAGGGAACCGGACCGGAGAAGGCCACCUACAGCACAAAGUCAGCACAUCAAGCCGUUUCGUGGGCGUGCUAGAAAAGUACAUGUUCAGAUGCCGUCAAUGCUGCGUGCAGGAUCUCAGCAUCUCGCAGUGCGCAAGCUGGAUAGGCGGUCAACUUCAAUGCCAGUCUUAGCUUUCUCCUAUGAACAGAUGGCCCAGGCUGCCCCGCCUAAGCUCUUAUCUCGUCCACACUCUAUCCGAGACUCUGCUAUUCGGCCGUCUACGGCACAUGAAACUGCAGCGAUCUUUGAUGAGCCAACUGAAAACAAAACUGCUCAGUUUGGAGUACCCUUGAGCACACUCUGCGGCCUGAAAAGCAAUCUUGAUCGCCGUAUAAAUACGAGGUUUCCCUGGACUUCUAGGAGUAGUGACAGCACGCGACCGUCGACCGCUUCCGGAGACCGAGAUCAAGAGGAUUCCAUGGGUGAUCUCUCGGACGCUCCCACCUACUUCUCUGGACCGCCACCACCCUCAUAUCGGUCUCGUGCUGCGUCCCCGCGAAGACUGGGGCACGUGACGGGAACAGAACUUGGAAAACAAGUUGACCAAAGAGUGGAAAUACCGACCGACCAUGUUCACUGCACUUUACGGGAGUGGCGCCUUUAG